CUCCCGUCUUGAACUAUAAAUGCAGCAUGGAUGCCUUCACGGAUCCCUUUUCCCAGACUCGGAGGAACGGUGCAGCUGAGAAGAGGCGUCCGCAGAGACCAUGGCACCAAAGAAAGGCAUUCUGGAGCGCCUGGAUGCAGGAGAGGUGGUCAUCGGAGAUGGAGGGUUCGUCAUCGCCCUGGAGAAGAGAGGCUACGUGAAAGCGGGGCCGUGGACUCCUGAGGCCGCGGCCGAAUACCCCGAAGCAGUGCGGCAGCUGCACAGGGAGUUCCUGAGAGCUGGCUCUAACGUCAUGCAGACCUUCACCUUCUAUGCGAGCGACGAUAAACUGGAGAACAGAGGGAACACUCAGCGCUUCACUGGGGAGCAAAUCAACGAGGCGGCUUGUGACCUGGCCAGGGGGGUGGCCGACGAGGGCGAUGCUCUGGUGGCGGGUGGAGUCUCACAGACGCCCUCAUACCUCAGCUGUAAGAGCGAGGAAGACGUCAAGGCCAUCUUCAAGAAGCAGAUCGACGUCUUUGUCAGGAAAAACGUUGACUUCCUGAUCGCAGAGUACUUUGAGCACGUGGAGGAGGCUGAGUGGGCCGUCCAGGUUCUGAAGACCUCUGGAAAACCCGUGGCUGCGACUCUGUGCAUUGGACCCGAGGGAGACCUGAAUGGAGUCAGCCCUCAGGAAUGUGCCGUCAAGCUGGUGAAAGCAGGGGCAAACAUUGUUGGCAUCAACUGCCACUUUGACCCAGAAACCUGCGUGAAGACCGUGAAGCUGAUGAAGGAGGGAGUGGAAAAGGCCGGGCUGAAGGCCCACUACAUGUCCCAGCCGCUGGGCUUUCACACCCCCGACUGCAACCGACAGGGAUUCAUCGAUCUUCCCGAGUUCCCAUUCGCCCUGGAGCCCAGAAUCCUGACCAGAUGGGACAUGCAGAAAUACGCCCGGGAAGCAUACAACGCCGGCAUUCGUUAUAUCGGCGGGUGCUGCGGGUUCGAGCCCUACCACAUUCGUGCUGUUUCUGAAGAGCUGGAAGCGGAGCGGGGUUUCCUUCCUGCCGGCUCCGAGAAGCACGGCAAAUGGGGCACCGGCUUGGAGCUGCAUACCAAGCCCUGGGUCAGAGCCAGGGCCCGUCGGGAAUACUGGGAGAAACUACUGCCCGCCUCCGGGCGGCCAUUUUGUCCUUCGAUGUCCAAACCCGACAACUGGGGUGUCACCAAGGGACACGCGGACCUGAUACAACAGAAAGAGGCCACCUCCAAGGACCAGCUGAAAGUCCUCUUUGACAAGGCCACACAAAAUGCCUGAGUGCCGCCCCAUCUGACACCCCAAAAUAAAUCCUCCUCUGAAUAAAAGCAGAAAAAAAUGAGUGACAUUCCCUCAAACUUCACAAACCCAAACUGUCUAAUCUAAGCCUGUCUCAGAGUAUCUUUUAGGACUCAACAAGCAGUAGAUGUCUGAGUCAGAUCCUAAACCACGUCAAGUUACUGUACUGCAAGCUUCAAACUCGUGCCAUAACACUUCAAAAAUGUCUGCUGUUGUGUGAAACAGUAAAUGAACGAAUAAAACACGCGAAACAAA